AUGAACUUUCUCAUGGUCCUGGUGGCUCGGCUGCUCUUCGGGGCAGCACUGGCAGGAGCCUUCCUCGCUCUCUACGUGGCCCGGCUGGAGCUGUGUGAGCCCCCCCACCGACUGGGGGAUGACGAGGGGGUGGCCAGAUCUGUCGGGAUCCGCUUUUUCGGAGCUUGCUGCUGCCCAGGGCUGAGCCCCUGCUGUGCCGACUGGCGGGUGCUGCAGGGCGCCGUCACCAUGAUCCUGGCUCUGCUGGCUGCCUGCUGGUGGUGCCCAGCACUGCUGCUGGAGUCAGCGCGCUGGCUGCUGGCCACUCAGCAACUGGAGAGGGCCAGGAAGACCCUACAGGCGCUGGCUGAGGACAACUGGCCCCAGGACAGCCUCCUCACGGAGCUGGAGGCCUUGUCCGAGGGAUCCCCACAGCCCCGGUACCACGCUGUCUGUGAGAUCUUCAGCACCAGAGUCAUCUGGAAGAACGGUCAUUCUCGAGCUUCGCGGCUAUCGAUUGGCAGGAGGGGGUUCAUCGGCUCCGGCAUCCGCCACUGCUUCACUCGCAACCUGGCCCCCCACCUGCCCCACUUCUUCUCCUCCUACUUGGUGCUGGUGGGCACCGAGGUGGCUGCCUGCCUCUUCGUGUGCCUGACGGCCGAGCGCUUCGGACGCCGCGCCAUCCUCCUCCUCUGCACCGUCCUCACGGGCAUCUCCUCCCUCCUGCUGCUGGCCCUCACCCAGUACCUGCUGGAGCUCAUUGUCCUGACCCUUUCUGUGGUGGGCACGGCCGCCUCCCAUGCUGUCACCAUGCUCAGCAUCUUCUUUGCCAGUGAGGUUCUCCCCACCGUGGUCAGGGGUGCCGGGCUGGGCCUGGUCGUGGGGGCCAGUUUCGUGGGCAAGGCGGCAGCGCCCAUCACCGCCAUCCCAACAGCCGUGGCUUCUUCCUGCCACCACUGGUGUUUCGCCGCAUCCUUCGCCAUCCUGGCCGUGCUCAGCAUUAUGUUGCUGCCCGAGAGCCAGGGCCGCAACCUGCCCCAGUCCCUGCAGGACGGUGAGAACCAGCGCCGGCCCCCCCUCUUCCGCCGGCCCCCCUGCGAGGACCACCUGCCCCUGCUCGCCUCCCAUGGCAUCCCCCACGACUAUUCCCGCCUCGCUGCCUCCACCAAGAGGAUGCUGGGCUCCCUGGACACUCCUCAUGAGAUGUAG